AUGGUUUCAAUAGUGGCAGGUUACGCAAGGCCGGAAGAAGAACUUCAAGUAGACAAAGAUUGUGAAUCGAUUGUUAAUAAUCGAUUAGCUAAAAGUGGUAUCCAUACUUUCAUAGUGACAAGUUUGUCCACAUUUCAAACACCAAAGCUUUCAAUUAUGUACAGAUCAAUUGAAGACAUGUUACCCUCAGGCAGUGCUAGCUUGCCCAGAAAGCUAGAAGAAGAAGAAACCUGUUUGGUUAUUAGAAUUUCAUUGGACUUGUUUAGUAAUCCUCAACCAUGGCAAAGAUUCAGCUUUAAAACGUACAUGUAA